AUGGUUGAUAAAGUAAAUGGUAAUGAAAAUAAUAGAGCCAUUGAUACUAAAUGGGAAGCCAAACAUCCAGCAUUUGAUCCAAAUAUAUACGAGGAAAUUUUAGAUCCUGACCUGUGCACAAAACAACUAGAAUAUUUAAUUUUGAACGAUACACUUUUGAUGAUGACAUUUCUCGAGGCAGGCCCAAGAAUACCGAGAGGGAUUCUACAAGGAAAUUUUCAAGAUCUAGGAAAUUACCACCAAUGCCUUGGAAUUAACAGAGAAAUCGAUCACAUGGUUAUUGCUGGGAAGUAUUGUCACAUAGGCAUUGGAUUGUCAGAUCUUGAAAUCUUAGGAGAUACAAUUGAAUUGGACAACGCAAUCAAAGCUAUUGAUACUGUAAAGGAUGAAAUACAUUUAUAUGAAAGAUUAGGAAAAAAUUUAAAUUUUGUGGGUGGAAUAGAGAGAAAAAAAACUUUAAGAACGGAUGCAGUUACUGUGAGUAAUGUUCGCUUUACUGUUGCUAUUUGCGUACCAAAACCUUGCUCCGUAAGACAGGCGUUACCAAAUCUCAUUGGAACUGAAUUGAUCCAUUUUGAGGAACAUUUUUGCCGAUUCAAAAAUGACAAACCCUGGGCACCGGGACUUUACGUGGCUAUUGUUGUCUUCAGUUUAAUUGGCUUACUGACCAUUCUUAGUACAAGCUACGAUAUAUGGAAUACGCUUAUUCGUAAACGAGAUCCCAAAUCUCUCAACACAAUUUGUCUAUCGUUCUCUGCAUACACAAAUUCUCGUCGUCUCAUCACAUUUAAACCAGUUCGCGGUACUCUAGAAUGUGUCGACGGCAUCAGAGCAAUAACCAUGGCUUGGAUUGUAAUAGGGCACUCAUUUGGUGUUUUUCCACCACUUAUAAACAACAUAGACUAUUUUCGGUGGAUUAUGUCAUUUGGUUCAAUUUGGUUGACUACAGCCUAUAUGGCUGUGGACACAUUCUUCAUGCUAAGCGGUUUAAUGGUCGUCUACACCACUGUUGGAAAAUUUAGCAGCAUGAAAUUAUUAAAGAAACUCCAUUUAUUUUACCUAAAUCGACUUGUACGACUGUAUCCUCUACUAGCCACUACCGUAUUGCUGCAAGCUAGUGUAGUAUUUUACAUGUAUGACGGAGCCAUGUGGACUUUAGUAGGUUUCGUGACUGAAGAAUGUAGGACAAACUGGUGGUUAACACUGCUCUAUGUGCAAAAUUUUUUUCAACCAAUAUGUGUAUCUCACUCCUGGUACUUAGCAAUUGAUAUGCAACUCUAUGUUUUGUCUCCACUGGUUUUAGUCUGGGUAUUGUCAGGCAAAAAGAAACGCGCCUGGUCGGCUUUGAUUGUUGCAUUAUUAGUUUCUCUCACUGCGUCGUCAAUUUACAAUUUCGUGAAUAAUUUCCCUGGUUCUACUAUACAAGCUAUAUUAGAAGUAAAUGAGAGAUACGGCAGAUAUUAUUAUUUCAAUACUUUAACAAGAUGUUCACCUUUCUUUGUUGGGAUGUGCUUUGGAUAUUUGAUCCACUUUUGGAGAGAAAAAAGAAUUCGAUUAACAAGGAUCUUGAAUUAUAUUUUAUGGAUCGUCAACUUAACCAUAUUGUGGUUGGCUUUCUACGUGUCUACGCCGAUGAAAAGAGAUGACUAUGAUAAUCAAACUUUGGACAACAUAGCAAAUUCCUUUAUGCGACCAGCGUGGGCUCUUGGGCUUGGCUGGAUUAUUAUUGCUUGUGCUGAAGGUUACGGAGGACCGAUCAACUGGUUCCUGUCGCUGCAAAUUUGGAAAUUGCCUUCUCGACUUUCAUACGCGUUAUAUUUAUUACACGCGCCCAUACAAAUCAUUAUAGUCGGAGCCGCUUCGCAGCAUGUUUACUUUACUGUGUCGAAUUUUUUUUACAUUUUCUGCAGCCAGUCUGUAAUCAUUUUCAUAGUCAGCUUUGUGAUUACGAUUCUGGUGGAUUCUCCGUGUUCCACACUUUUCAAGGAGUUCUUACAGAGCGGUCUCAAAAAAUCUGAGUCAGACCAACAAGGUGAUGAAAGAGCAACAAAAAAUCAACCUGUGACGAGUCAGCAACAAAACGAAUCAGCCAUAAAAUAAAGCAAAGACACAACAUAAUUUUAUUUUCUAUUGCCCAUACAUUUUUUAUUUGCUUCCAAUUUCUGUUGUCAGUGAAUAGACAUACCUGUAUAUACAUUAUAGUCAUGUGGGAUAAAAGGAACAUACGUUAUUUUGAGUCAAAUGUUCUGAGCU